UCCGAGAACAUGUUAUAAGAGAUAUAUUUGAAAGUCAGUUCUCUAGUUUAUUGAGUUAGUUUUCAGAAGCGAAGCGGAUAACAUCAUUAAAUUUUGGGCCAUGGAUCUACUCAGCUUAGAAGAAUGUCUGCUUAUAGCGCAGAGAACUCUUCCAGCGAUCAACAAAUCCAAUCUGAUAGUCCUUAGCUCACAAUUGGAAGCAGGUUCCAAUGAUUUGGUGGGUUUUAUGGGAGAGUACUAUAUGUUCGAAUUGGAGGUGGAAGAUGUAGCGGAAAAGAAAAAAUAUUGCUUGAAAUAUUUUAUCAAAAGUUUGCCACGCAAAAAUGAGCCACAGAGAAAAGCAUACGAACGAAAGGGAUUUUUUCGGAAGGAAUCUGCCGUCUACAGCCAGAUGUUACCUAAAAUACAAAAAUAUGCCACCAAAAAGCUUUUUCCUGUAUGUUAUUAUAGUCGGAAUGAUAUUCUGGUAUUAGAAAAUCUCACCCAAAACUAUAGACACCUCGAGGUCUCGGAGAGCUAUACAAUAGAUCAUUAUAAACUGGCUUUGGAACACCUAUCUGAAUUGCAUGCUGGAAGUAUUGCUUGGGAAGAAAAAGAGCAUAUAAAUAUUCAGGAACGUUACAGAGAUGUGCUUAUAGAAUUCCACUUAAGUGCGGAUAAUUCAUGGUACACCACUGGACUUAACGCCAUUGUAUUCUUAGCAGCCCGACAUCCGCAAUAUCAAACCAAGGAAGCACAGACUUUUAUUCAAGAAAAACUAUACAAUCUACUAACAAAAGCUGAAGAAUUCGUGGCACCCUCAAAUACUAUUAGAAAUGUGCUUUGUCAUCGAGAUACUUGGGAUCGUAAUAUCCUGUACAGCUUUGAGAAAGAUUCUUCUCCUAUACCCAAUGCUUGUUGCGUUGUAGAUUUUCAACUCACUAAGUACUGUUCGCCCACAUUAGAUGUCUUAUUUCUGCUCUAUAUUGUUGCCUCCGCUGAUGUCAGGAAGGAGAUUUAUGAUGAGUGCCUCGAGCACUAUUAUAAAUCCCUUGAAUCUCAUCUCAUCCGACUGGGUUUGGACAAGAAUAUCAUUACUCGAGAGAACUUUUUACAAGAGUGCCAACGAACACGAUUAGCUGCGCUGCUUAUUUGGGCUCUCACCGAGCCUCAAACCAAAAUGUCACCAAGUAUUUCGAAUAGAUUACGAUCUGAAGAACCAGAGAAAUUAGACCAUUUCCUUUACUGCGAUCGUAGUGAAUUGUUGCUAAGGGUUAUGGAGAUUCAACCGGGGUACGAGCAGACUAUCAUGUCGCCUAUCAGGGAACUGGUGGAUUAUCUCAUGGAGAAUGAAAAUUUAUAUGCCUAGAAAGUUUUUUUUUGUAGAUAAAAGCGGAUUUUGAAUUCUUCAAAAAUGUCUAAUCGUUAAGUGAACUUAUUUUAAAGCUGUUUUUAAAUGAGUUUCACAAACUAAAAUUGUAAAGUGUGAAAUAAUAUUGAUAAAGUUUAUUGAAAUGUAUCAUUGAAAUGAUUAAAGUGUUUUUUAAAUUUAACG